CAAGAAAAGAUUCUCUGAAGUUUUUCAUAGUGUGGCAGCUUUUCAGAAAGUAAGCCAGUGAACAUGAGCAGCGUGUUAUUGUGGUAUUGACGUGCAUCCCUCAACUGGCUUCUGUAGCUUCUGCAAGCUGCAACAACAGGUCUGUCUCUUUACAUAACCUUCCAUGAGCACUCUGGAAUGCAAACUGGAAAGGGCACAUCCAUUGCACACACCCCUCCCAUCCCACACAUACACCCCGUCACUUCUUAUCUCCCCAGCAGCUUUGAGGCAAAGGCUCCCUGACCCUGUGCAGUGUGUGUGCGCGUAUGUGCAUGUUAUGUAGAGACUGGGACAGAGCAGCAGGCAGAGCUGAGAUUGUGCGACCAGAUCUGGAAUGGGAGAGAGAGUCACAGUAGCAGCUGCUCCCUUGCAUUAAGAGGCUCUCACUCUGACAGAGGACAAUCACAGGGACACAGACACAGAGGACUUCCACUGGUGCCACUGCCUUUUGCGUACAGUGCUGACUGAUACUGAGCAAUUUGUACAGUCAAGAGAAUAACACUGGACUGAGUGUUGUGUUUGUGUGUAUGUGUUCCUCGUCCUGUCUGGAGCGAGGAUGAGGAUGAGGGAGCUGUCUCUGCGUCAGGAUCCUGACCUGAGGAAGGAGUUGGCUCUGCUGGCACGCGGCUGUGACUUUGUUCUGCCUUCUCGGUUCAAGAAGAGGCUCAGAGCCUUCCAACAAGGACAGGCCCAGGUGAGGACGCAGGAACCCGUCACCACAGCGCUGAGUGAAAGCAUUCCAAAGUUUUACUUCCCACUGGGCCGGCCCCAAGCCAACCUCAACAUCGACAGUCUCAUUUCCAAAAUUGAGAAAAUAUUUUCCCAAUUCCCAAAUGAAAGGGCCACCAUUGAGGACAUGGGGCAGGUUGCCAAGGCCUGUGAGUGUCCUCUCUACUGGAAAAUGCCUUUGUUCUGCUCGGCUGGAGGCGACAGGACCGGCUUCGUAUCCGUUCACAAGUUUGUGGCUAUGUGGAGAAAAACUCUGCAGACCUGUCACGAUGACGCUUCUAAAUUUGUGCACCUCUUGGCCAAGCCUGGCUGUAAUUACCUGGAACAAGACGACUUUAUUCCAUUCCUGCAGGAUGUGGUGAACUCACACGCAGGCCUGGCCUUUCUGAAGGAGGCACCGGACUUUCACUCACGAUACAUCACCACGGUGAUUCAAAGGAUAUUCUACAAUGUGAAUCGGUCCUGGACUGGAAAAAUAACAUAUUCUGAGCUCAGGAAAAGUAACUUUCUUCAGAAUGUGGCGUUGCUGGAGCAGGAAGAGGACGUGAACCAGCUGACAGAGUUCUUCUCCUAUGAACAUUUCUAUGUCAUCUACUGCAAGUUCUGGGAGCUGGACACUGACCAUGACCUCUACAUAGACCAGAAGGACCUGGCACAGCACAAUGACCAAGCCCUCUCACAUAAGAUGAUUGAGAGAAUAUUCUCAGGAACAGUAACAAGAGACAGACGGGUGUAUAGGGAAGGGCGGCUGAGUUAUGCUGAUUUUGUCUGGUUCCUCAUCUCUGAGGAGGACAAGAAGACUGAUACCAGUAUAGAGUACUGGUUCCGCUGUAUGGACAUGGACGGGGACGGGGUGCUCAGCAUGUACGAACUGGAGUACUUCUACGAGGAGCAGUGUCAGAAGCUGGAGACCAUGGGUAUUGAGCCCCUUCCCUUUGAGGACUGCCUCUGUCAAAUGCUGGACCUUGUCAAGCCUGAGGUCGAAGGUAAAAUCACUCUGCGGGACCUUAAAAGGUGCAAGUUGUCCCACAUUUUCUUCGACACUUUCUUCAACAUAGAGAAGUACCUGGACCACGAGCAGAAGGACCCGUUCUCUGUUAUAAGGGAGGUGGAGACAGACGGCCAGGAGGUCUCAGACUGGGAGAAAUAUGCUGCAGAGGAGUACGACAUCCUAGUGGCUGAGGAGGCUGCCAACGAUCAGUGCAACGACGUGUAUGAUAAUCCUUUGAGCCCUUUAGGGCAGCACAUCUCCAGUGACCUGGGUCUGACAAAGAGACAGUUCUUUGAGAUCCCCAGUCCACACUGCAACCUGGACCUGGAUGAAUAUGAAUAUGAAGAUGACUUUGAAUGAUCCUCGAUCCUGUAGCGUUUUCUCACAAGCCUGCUGAGCGCUGUGCGCUCCCAGACACAGAGCUCAACCAGCAGUGUUAGUGGAUGAAUCGCAUCUAGCCAGAGAUUCGCAGGUUCAGGCCUAACAGGACACACUUCAAUAAACAGGGAGUGAAUGCAAAACCAGAAGACACUGUCAGAGCACUGGUGGGGUCAGAUGUACUGGACAAAUGGACACAGUAUCACAUAUUUGACUAACAGGAAAUGUGAAGCGGUCUGAGCAGGAGGUGGUUCUUCACAAUACUUUACUAGAUGUUUUAAUAUUUUCACCGGUCAUACUUAAAGAAGUCACAACAGCUGACGCCAUGAUGUCACAAGCAGCACAUUUAGACCUUUGCUCCAUCCCCACAUGAUAACACAGGAAAAAUUGUGACUUGCAUGUAAUGCUUUGUACAAAUAAUGUUUGGGGCGAGUGUUAUUUUAUCUGAACAUCAGUACUGUGUAAUCACAUUCACGUGAACUAAAUCACAUUCUUUACACGCUGGAGCUCCCUGGAUUGUUGGACAGAAACCAUGUUGAUUGAUUCAGGUUUCGAACUAAUUAUCAUCUGAAGUCAUUGGCUAAUGUUACAUUCCAGUGAUCAUAACGGAAGUUUUUCUAUAAGACUGUAAAUGCCAAACCAGUCACCGUUGAGCCUGCUGUACACACAAGCACAGUUCAGACUGCCAUACACACACACACUGUAUAUUGUACAGACCUGUAUUCAUUAUGACAUAGAUUUACUGUAUGUGUGAGAUGGGGUUAUAAAUUAUUAGAGAUGAAUUUAUAAAUACCUGUAAAUAUUAAUUGGUGCUUGCUGUGUUGUAAAUGAUUUGGUAAAAAGUGUUUUAGACAAUUCUAUGUUAUAAAGUACUUAAUUUGAAUGUACUUUGACAGAACAAAAGGAACCAAUUUUAAAAUGUUUUGCUUUUCUUUAAAUUAAUAAUAAAGGGUUGGAACAGUAAAGAAAACAGAGUGUGCAGUUUAAUUUGAUCCAUCUAGUAAAAACUGGUUUUAAAAUGUUCACUGUUUUGCACACUGUAGAUGUCUGUCAGCUGAAUACCACAGGAACACAAUAUUUCCAGAAUGUAAGAAGCACUUUGUUGGUGAUUGUCACCAUACAGCUGCUGUUGUACACAAGCAUAAAUACAGAUGUUGAAAGGCAAUGAAAUACUUUGAAAUGUUA